CGCGCCGCAGCCCGGGAGAGUCAGAAAGGCGAGGGGCGCCGGGAGCAGGCGUGUGGGACUCCUGACCGGAGAGCCGGAGGCUGCGCCUUCCCCGCACCGGGACCUUCGCGACACACCAGGUCUUCGUCCCUGCCCCGCGCGAGCGCCCAGGAUGACCACCACCCUCGUGUCUGCCACCAUCUUCGACUUGAGCGAAGUUUUAUGCAAGGGUAACAAGAUGCUCAACUACAGUACUCCCAGUGCAGGGGGCUGCCUGCUGGACAGGAAGGCGGUGGGCACCCCUGCCGGUGGGGGCUUCCCCCGGAGGCACUCAGUCACCCUGCCUAGCUCCAAGUUCCACCAGAACCAGCUCCUCAGCAGCCUCAAGGGUGAGCCGGCCCCAGCUCUGAGCUCUCGGGACAGCCGCUUCCGAGACCGCUCUUUCUCAGAAGGGGGCGAGCGGCUGCUGCCCACCCAGAAGCAGCCCGGGAGCGGCCAGGUCAACUCCAGCCGCUACAAGACCGAGCUGUGCCGCCCCUUUGAGGAGAAUGGUGCCUGUAAGUACGGGGACAAGUGCCAGUUUGCGCACGGCAUCCACGAGCUCCGAAGCCUGACCCGCCACCCCAAGUACAAGACGGAGCUGUGCCGCACCUUCCACACCAUCGGCUUCUGCCCCUACGGGCCCCGCUGCCACUUCAUCCACAACGCCGAGGAGCGCCGCGCCCUGGCCGGGGCUCGGGACCUCUCCACUGACCGUCCCCGCCUCCAGCAUAGCUUUAGCUUUGCUGGGUUUCCCAGUGCCGCUGCCACCGCUGCUGCCACAGGGCUGCUGGACAGCCCCACGUCCAUCACCCCUCCCCCCAUCCUGAGUGCAGAUGACCUCCUGGGCUCUCCCACCCUGCCUGAUGGCACCAAUAACCCCUUUGCCUUCUCCAGCCAGGAGCUGGCGAGCCUCUUUGCCCCUAGCAUGGCGCUGCCCGGGGGUGGCUCCCCGACCACCUUCCUCUUCCGGCCCAUGUCCGAGUCCCCCCACAUGUUUGACUCUCCCCCCAGCCCUCAGGAUUCGCUCUCGGACCAGGAGGGCUAUCUGAGCAGCUCCAGCAGCAGCCACAGUGGCUCAGACUCCCCCACCUUGGACAACUCAAGACGCCUGCCCAUUUUCAGCAGACUUUCCAUCUCAGAUGACUAAAGCAGGGUAGGGAGGGAGCCCCUGCCUACUCCACCCCCACCCAGCACCCACACCCCCUCCCCUUCCUUCCUCACCCACCCGAUUCCCAACAACCCCUACAUUAACAAGGUUAAGCUCAACCCCAUUCCCCCAGAACCUUGGAAUGCCCCCCCCUCCCCUUUUAACCCUCCCUAACAUAAGGACAAGUCAAUUUGUCAGUAGCUUCCUCUGGCUUGAAACCCUCUCCCCUCGAUUUUAUAGCCCACUUACCAUGCAUAACAGACAAGUCCCAUAUUUGUCAGUAGAUGCCUUUUUUUUCUGGCUUAAACCAUAAGUGCCAAAUCACAAAAGAAAAAGCAGUAACAGUUUACAGAAGCAACUUAGUGCCUUGUAAUCUAACUUUGUCACUGUGACUACAUUACCUCUUCAGCGCCAGAGGGCACCCGUGGGCCUCCCGGAGCCUCUGCCCAUGGGGAGGGGGAGGGGACCCAGAACCAGCAGCUCCCUCCGCUGGCCACACAACUGCACCUUCCCUUGUCCAGCCUCCCACACACGCCCUCCUCCCCUCCCCAGUGCCCCCCCCAACCCCCUGGGAGAGUUGUUGCCAGACUUGGGUUUUUGGGGAAGCCUAUCUUGACAUUCAAAACCUUUUUCUUCCCGACCCGAACUUCUGUUGACUAACCUGGCCUGGGUUCGCAUAGGUCUGCAGGAGGAAGACAAAAAGUGGACGAAGAUUGUGACAUAGUGGGACUUUAUGAUUUAACUUUUUUUUCUUUUUUUUUUUUUUUAAGUGGGGAGGAAGGGGAAGCUAGAUGGACUAUGAGAGACUUGAUUUUGGUGCUAAAGUUCCCCAGUUCAUAUGUGACAUCUUAAAAAAGAAAAAACAACAACAAAAAAAUGAGAGAAAAGCUAAAAAAAACAUGUAAGGGGUGAGCAGUUAAUGGUAUUCAUUCCACAUACAUACAGUAUCUGUAAAACGAUUUCCCGUAGAAGUAGCUUUAAUGGUUUUGCUCUAGAAUACCGUAGGUCUAUCCUUAGAGCACUCACGCCAUGCUUUUUUCCCUGGGUUUUAAAACUUCAUAUAACUUUCAGAAAUUGGAGAGCAAAAAUUUUGCUUGUCACUGCACAUCAAUAUAAAAAAGCUUAUUUAACUUAUCAAAACGUAUUUAUUGCCAAACUAUGCUUUUUUUUGUUAAUUUUGUUCAUAUUUAUCGGGAUGACAAAUCCAUAGAAUAUAUUCUUUUAUGUUAAAUUAUGAUCUUCAUAUUAAUCUUAAAAUUUUGUGACGUGUCUUUUUCCUUUUUUUCCACAGUUUUAAUAUAUUAUUCUUCAACGACAUUUUUUGUAACUUUACACUUUUUUUGGUUAUUUUAUUUUAAAAAAAUGAAAAAUUAAUUUAAAAAAAUGCAAAAAACUGUUGGAUUAUUUAUUUUAGAAAUUUCUCCCCUUUGUGUUGGACUGCAAAUUGAGUUUCUUUCUCUUUAGGCCUUUCACAACUAGGACUGAGAAUGUAUGUAAAAGUUCUGUGACAGUACAGAAGGAAAACAACUUUUUAUGUAUAGCUUCUAAAAGGGAAACAAACAAACAAAAGAAACCCUUUGACUUCCACGUGCCCAUCUCAAGACAUUCCGAUCGCAGAUUUGAGGUUUUGGAUUCCAGGUUUGGAGUUUUCCAACGUUAAUGCAAACAGAACUGGCACACACACACAUUAAGAUGAAUGUAAUUAUUAUUCCUCUUGCUGGUCACUACCGUUGCUUUCUAUUUCUCUUUCUUUGUGUGAAUUUAUUUAAAAGAAAAAAAAACUUUUUGUAACGACUAUUUGCAGUUUAAAAAUCAAUAAACCCCGUUUUUUCAAAAAACA